UGAGCAGGGCGGCCCUGGGGGCCGGGCCCCUCUCCGUCCGUGCCCCGCGGGCCACCAUGUCCUUCCCCCAGCUCGGAUACCAGUACAUCCGCCCGCUCUACCCACCCGAGCGCCCGGGGGCCGCCGCCGGUGGCGGCAGCGCUGGGGCCCGGGGCGGCCCGGGAGCCGGAGCCUCGGAACUGGCCGCCUCGGGGUCCCUGUCCAAUGUGCUCUCGUCUGUGUAUGGGGCGCCCUACGCUGCGGCGGCCGCAGCGGCGGCCGCCGCCCAAGGCUACGGCGCCUUCCUGCCCUACGCAGCCGAGCUGCCCAUCUUCCCGCAACUGGGCGCGCAGUAUGAGCUGAAAGACAGCCCGGGGGUGCAGCAUCCGGCCGCGGCAGCCGCGUUUCCGCACCCGCACCCCGCCUUCUACCCAUAUGGCCAGUACCAGUUCGGAGACCCGUCCCGUCCUAAGAACGCCACCCGGGAGAGCACCAGCACCCUCAAGGCCUGGCUCAACGAGCACCGCAAGAACCCCUACCCCACCAAGGGCGAGAAGAUCAUGCUGGCCAUCAUCACCAAGAUGACCCUCACCCAGGUGUCCACCUGGUUCGCCAACGCGCGCCGGCGCCUCAAGAAAGAGAACAAGAUGACUUGGGCGCCCCGCAGCCGCACCGACGAGGAGGGCAACGCUUACGGGAGCGAGCGUGAAGAAGAGGACGAAGAUGACGACGAAGAAGACAGCAAACGCGAACUGGAGCUGGAGGAGGAGGAGCUCGGGGGGGAGGAGGAGGACGCGGGGGGCGAGGGCCUGGCGGACGACGAAGAGGACGAGGAGAUCGAUCUGGAGAACGUAGACGGCGCGGCCACGCCUGAGCUGGCCCUGGCUGGGGCGGCGCACAGGGACGACGACCUCGGCCUGGUACCCAUUUCAGACUCCAAGAAUAGCGACUCGGACGACAGCUCCGAGGGCUCGGAGGAGCGUCCUUUGCCGACCCUGACCCUGGCCCCAGUGCAGCCGCCGAUGGCCGCGGCUCCGCCAUCUCCGCCCUCGCCCCCCGCGGGCCUGGAUCCCUGUGCUCCCGCUCCAGCGCCCGCCUCCGCCCUGCAGAAGCCCAAGAUUUGGUCCCUGGCCGAGACGGCCACAAGCCCCGACAACCCGCGGCGCUCACCUCCGGGCGCGGGGGGCUCUCCCCCCGGGGCAGCCGUCGCGCCCCCAGCCCUGCAGCUCUCCCCGGCCGCGGCGCACAGACUCGUCUCGGCGCCGCUGGGCAAGUUCCCCGCUUGGACCAACCGGCCGUUCCCGGGCCCGCCGCCCGGUCCACGCCCGCACCCGCUCUCCCUGCUCGGCUCGGCCCCUCCACACCUGUUGGGACUUCCCGGAGCAGCGGGUCACCAGGCUGCCGCCGCCGCCGCUGCCUUCGCUCGGCCCGCAGAGCCCGAGGGCGGAACAGACCGCUGUAGUGCCUUGGAAGUGGAGAAAAAGUUACUCAAGACAGCUUUCCAGCCCGUGCCCAGGCGGCCCCAGAACCACCUGGACGCUGCGCUGGUCUUGUCGGCUCUCUCCUCAUCCUAGUUCUUUAAAAAAAAAAAAAAAAAAAAUUUAAAACCAUUGUAAUAAUUGUAAAAAAAAAAUCGCUCUGUAUAGUUAUGACUUGUAAGCAUGUCUGUGUAUGAAUACCUAAAAAAGAAAACUAAACAAAAAAAGAAAUAAAAAGAAAUAAAACAAGCCCCCCUGGGUCCUCCCCAAGUCGCUUCUGUACCCCACAUUAGCUGAGUCUGUGAAAUCGGUUUGUGAGGUUGAUUUUGGGGGGUGGAGCUUCAAUGAGAAUAAGAGUGUCUGACUUGUUUGUAUAUACAGAAAAAUGUACAUAUGUGUGAACCAAAUUGUACAAGAAAGUAUCUAUUUUUGGCUAAAUA